AUAAUCAUCGCAAACAACAGCAAGCUCGAUCUUUCGCGAAAAACAUGUCGAAUGUUCUAGAAUAAGAAAAGGAACGGUUGUAUAAAAGCUCUCUCGGGGAACCGCCGGGCGCACUCGAUCCGAUAAUUUUGACGAGACAGUGUGUGAUUUUCUCCGUUUCGAAAACGUUCGCAAAAGUUAAAGUAGCUCGCUUUGCCUUUAUACCAUCGCUCGUGGUACGCGAAUUCGCUAGUUUUCGAGAAUAUUCAUCGCUCGUGAAUAUCACUCUCGCGAUCUCUCCGUCGCUAAUUAUUCGUCGCUCGCGAAUAUUAGAGCCGAGAUCGUCCCGUCGCUCGCGGAUUCAAAUUUCAUGGUCGGUCGCUAGCUGACGCGAAACGAGAGUAAAUUUAACGAAGUAAUUUAAACGUUACGAACUUGUACAUAUAUUUAUUGCUUUAAAUAUAGACUGACUAAGUUGUGAAGUAACAUUGCGUGUCUCGAGUCCUUUCGUUCCUCGCGCUCGCGUUCAAUCGCGCACAUUUUCUGGUCCUUCGAGCCGGAUUCCUCGCAACCGGCAUCCGCUGAGUGCGUAUUGAAAUUCGAGGUGAGUGGCUCCUGUGCUUCCCGGAAAAGGAACGAACGGAACCUGAAAAGAAAACAUGGAAGCGUUAAUUCUAACGCAACACGAGCUCUGCAGUCGUAUCGCUCGCACGUACGACAAUCUAAAAAAGGCAGGACAAGCCAAAAUCAAUAAGGGGCUUGUAGCAACCACGCUCAAGCUACUGGACUCUAAAUGGGCUAAGUUUGAGGAGCAGCACGAGCUACUGGUCGCCGACUAUGGAGCGGAGAUCAGGAAACACGAGUACGUGACAAAGGACGUUCUGGGGCAGGCUGAGGAAGUUUAUGUCUUCCAACGUGCGGCGGUUUUUGAGCUGGAGGAGGCGCUCACGAAGCCAGCAUCACCAAUGUCUCCGGAGGGGCCUUCCGGGAACGAUCCCCGAUUCGCCUCCCGCACGACGCUACCAAGGAUCCAGCUUCCCAACUUCUCCGGGAGAUACGAGGACUGGCCGGCGUUCCGAGACCUCUUCCUGUCAAUCAUCGGCAAGGACACGUCGAUAGCGCAGGUUGAAAAACUGCACUACUUGAAAACCUGCUUAAAGGGGGAGGAAGAAUUACUCAUACGUAACAUUUCCACAACGGGCGAGAAUUAUGAGAGCGCGUGGGAGAUGUUGACCUCCUAUUAUGAGAACAAACGCCUUCUAGUGCGCGCCUAUAUCGCCAACUUCAUCUCGCUUCAGAAGAUGAAGGGCGAAUCCCCGUCCAAGCUCAGGAAAAUCUUCCAUUGCAUAAAGUCAACUGUUAGCUCACAUGAAAACAUCGGCCGGCCGAUCAACUGCAGCGAGGACUUGUUCGUGUACUUAGCCGUCGAACUUCUCGACUCGCGGUCGCGCCGCGAAUGGGAGAACUACAUAAGCGACACGAAGAAGCCUCCGUCGUUCGACACUCUUGAGCUGUUCCUAGAUAGACGACUUCAAGCCCUGGAAUCGAUGCAGCCGAUAAAACUCGACGGUCCCGCUUACAAGCUAGAGUCCAGCACGCCAAGAUCCAUUCGAAGCCACCUCGCCCGCAAACAAGAGAGCAAACCUCAGGUCAAACGAGGUCGCUGCGCGCUGUGCCAGCGAGAUCACUUUCUGAUGCUCUGCGAGGAGUACAAGAAGAAGACGGCCCAAGAACGGAAGCGAAUCGUCGAGGAAAGUAGAUUGUGCCUGAACUGUCUCGGCCGGCACCAAGUGGGCGAGUGCGCUUCUAAAAGGGCGUGUUCCGUGUGUGACGCGCGUCAUCACUCGUCGCUGCAUGACGCCUGUCGUGUUAAUACCGUCGCGAAAUCGUCGCUCGUCUCGCAAGGACCUUCCGACCGACCGGUCACCGUGCUACUCGCGACCGCUCGCGUUCUCGUGGCCGACCGUCACGGCAUACAACAUCGGGCGCGCGCUCUCAUCGACCAGGGCUGGGAGUCGUCGAUCAUCUCCGAGCGCCUCGCACAAAGACUAAAACUGCCGCGCUCACCCGUCUCGGUUACUGUCUUCGGUGUUGGGGGGCAGAAGUCCGGUACUGCCAAGGGUCGCGUCGUACUCGCGCUGUCACCGCGUCGCGGGGGAGCAGCGAUGUCCGUCGGCGCACUCGUACUCCCGCGGCUCAUCGUCUACGCCGGCGGUCUUGAUUCCAGAUCGAUGACUUGGCCACAUGUAGAGGGCCUUGAGCUGGCUGAUCCGGAAUACAGCGCCGCUGAUCAGGUCGACAUCCUUCUUGGAGCCGAAGUCCACGCUGCCAUCCUCCGCCAGGGCCUACGGAGAGGAGAGCGCCCCGAACCUGUAGCUCAGAAUACGACUCUGGGGUGGAUACUGUCGGGAGCAAUCAGCGAAAAUACCUCCACACUACUAACGCAUACCCACCAGUGCCGGCUUGAGGACGACCUCUCGGGAGUGGUGCGCCGCUUCUGGGAGCAGGAAGACAUGCCAAUGACCACCGCCACCACCUCCAAGGAUGACCAGGAGUGCGAGGAGCACUACAGGAGCACGCAUUCUCGGGGGCCCGACGGACGCUACACUGUGCGCCUCCCGGUAGUCGAGCCGCUGCCGGACCUCACCAGCACACGUCGCUCAGCUUUGCGAGUGCAAAAGCACAUGGACGUUAGGUUUGCCCGAGAUGCACCGUUCCAGGAACUCUAUGCUGAGUUCAUGCGUCAGUACGAGCACUUACAUCACAUGACGCCAGUCUUACCGGAAGCGGAAGCAGAUCCAGGGCAACGCUGCUACCUCCCUCAUCACGGGGUGAUGCGGGAAGCUAGCACCACGACCAAGUUGCGAGUCGUCUUCAACGGCUCGUCCAAAUUGUCGACGGGCGAGACGCUCAAUCAGCAUCUGAGGGUUGGACCAAACCUGCUACCCGCGCUCGCCGACAUCCUGCUGCGAUAGCGUCGCC